UCUCACCAUCCAUCCACCCAAAAUGGCCACCGUCGUCACCCUCCCCCUCACCCUCUCCGCCGCUCCCUCGGGCUACAAGAAGCCCUCGCCCGGCAAGGCUUCCAAGCCCGUCGAGCGCCAGGUCUACCCCGCCGGCCCGAGCUACAUCUCCUACGCGCGCCGCGAGGUGCUCCAGCUCUCAUUUGAGCAGGACGACGAGGCGACCUCCUCUGCCCGUGCCGCGGCCGCUGCCAAGGCCAAGGCCGGCCAGGCCGAGGUUCUUUUCCCCGGUCUCGGUGAGGAGGAGGAGGACGCGGCACUCCUCGCGUCCGACCCCAAGGAGUGGAAGAAGCAGGACCACUACGCUGUCCUUGGCCUUGGGCAUCUCCGCUACAAGGCUACUGACGAGCACAUCAAGGUUGCCCACCGCCGCAAGGUGUUGCGUCACCACCCCGACAAGAAGGCGGACCACGACGACGGCUUCUUUAAGUGCAUCCAGAAGGCGCACGAGACCCUCACCAACAAGGAGAGACGCCGCCAGUUCGACUCGGUCGACUGGAACAUCGCCGACGAGGUGCCCAACCCCAAGAAUGUCCCUGCCGACAAGUACUGCGAGGUGUUUGGCCCCAUUUUCGUGCGCGAGGGCCGUUUCUCGAACGACCAGCCGGUGGCCGAGUUUGGCGGACCCGACGCGUCCAAAGCACAGGUUGAGGGCUUCUACGACUUCUGGUACAACUUUGACUCGUGGCGCUCGUUCGAAUGGCACGACAAGGAGGCCAACGAGGGCUCGGACAGCCGUGACGAGAAGCGCUACACCGAGAAGAAGAACAAGGCCGAGCGCCAGCGCCUGAAGAAGGAGGACAACACCCGUCUCCGUGAGCUUGUCGACUCGGUGCUUGCCAACGACCCCCGCAUCAAGCGCAUCAAGGAGGAGGAGAAGGCUGCGCGCCUGGCCAAGAAGAAGGGUGGUGCCCCCCAGCAGGGCAAGCAGACCAAGCUGUCGCCCGCCGAGGCCAAGAAGGCCGCCGACGCCAAGCGCAAGGAGGAGGAGGAGAAGAAGAAGGCCGACGCCGCCGCCAACGCCGUGUCCAAGGCCGACCGUGAGGCGGCCAAGAAGGCCAAGGAGGCCGCGCGCAAGAACCUCAAAAAGUGGAAGAAGGCCAUUGCCGCUGUCAUCGCCUCGUCCAACUACUUCCAGGAGGGGAGCGCGUCGGCCGCCGUCGUCGAGAAGCAGCUCGGCGAGCUCGACGCAUACUGCGAGCUUGCCGAGCCCGAGGCCGUCAAGGACCUCAAGGAGAAGAUCGAGAAGGCUGGCGCUGGUGCUGGCGCCAAGGACGUGCUCAAGGCUAAGGUUGCUGAGCUCGGUGACAAGGGCGCUGGCAAGUUCACCGAGUUCGCUUAAGCGACCGGCGUAGAGUGUAGUAGAGGGCCGCAGUGUCGCGUCUCAAUAGUACUAGAUGUUAUUGCUUGCAUCUUUG